ACGCGCGCAAACACAUUCGGGGGGACCAAACGGGCGCGUUCGGAGCCCUGUCCACAACAACUGCACUGCGCAUGCGCGUCUCCCACAGGGGUUUGGCGCGCUGCCUGCGUGCCUCCGCAGAGUGAGCGUGCUGGCGCAAAGCUCGUCACCGUCACAACAACAACAACAGGAGGAUAAAGUGUCGCGACCUCCCCCCCCUCCCCGCCGGAACCGACCCCCUCCCCCGACGGACGCCCCCGGUCUCGUGUCACGAUGGCGGAAAUGGUGAAGUACGUGGACGACGAACAUAAGAGCAUCUUCUUGAAGCUGCUGAACGAGCAGCGGCUGGAGGGCGAGCACUGCGACAUUGCCGUGGUCGUCGAAGACGUCAAGUUCCGUGCUCACCGCUGCGUCCUCGCCGCCUGCUCCAACUACUUUAAAAAGCUCUUCAAAAAACACGAGGUGGACAACUCAUCAGUGAUUGAGAUUGACUUCAUCCGCUCUGACAUCUUUGAGGAAGUCCUGAACUACAUGUACACGGCAAAGAUCUCUGUGAAGAAGAAGGACGUCAACCUGAUGAUGUCAUCAGGCCAGAUCCUCGGCAUCCGCUUCCUUGACAAACUCUGCUCUCAGAAGCGAGAUGUGUCGUCGGAGGACAAGGAGAAGUUUCCCUAUGACAUCGUAAAGAUGGCGCUGCCGCCUGAGGCUCAGCUGGCCGCCGACUCGGAGGUGCUUGACGAUGACACGUCCGCCACAGAUGACCUUGUGGAGCCCUCGGCCAAUCCGGAGCUGGAGAAGUCUCCCAGUACAGCGCUGCAUGUGCAAGAGGCGAUCCUAAAGGAACUGACCAAUGAGGAUGUGCACAAGGUAACCUGCUACAACCAGGAUGUGGUGACGGAGAUGGAGGCGGAGCCUAAAGAGCUUGGAGCGGAGCAUCACGCCACACAGACGCUGACCUUCGCGGACAGCAUAGGGGAAGUGAAGGACGAGCAGCCGCCAGGCUGGUCAACGGCGACUGCCGACAUGAAGUUCGAAUACCUGCUGUACGGACACCGCGAGCAGCUCGCCUGCCAGGUGUGUGGGAAGACUUUCUUGGAUGAGAGCAGACUCAGGAAGCACGAGAAGCUUCACUCGGCCGAGCGUCCGUUCGCCUGUGACAUUUGCACCAAAGCUUUCACUACCCACGCUCACCUGAAAGAACACCUGAAGAUCCAUGCAGGUUUCAAACCCUACAGGUGUGACGUGUGUGGGAAAUCGUUCAUUCGCGCUCCGGACCUGAAGAAACACGAACGAGUUCACAGCAACGAGCGGCCCUUCGCCUGCCAGAUGUGCGAAAAGGCUUUUAAACACAAGUCUCACCUGAAGGAUCACGAGAGGAGACACAGAGGAGAGAAACCGUUCGUCUGUCCGUCCUGCACCAAGGCCUUCGCCAAGGCGUCAGAUCUGAAGCGUCAUGAGAACAACAUGCACAGUGAGAGGAAGCAGCUGAAUCCUUUGCAGAGUGACACUGAGACACUGCAGGCUGCUGCCAUGGCUGCUGAGGAGCAACAUCUGGACUCCAUCAGCUGCUCCUAACAUCUGGACAGCCCUUUAACCUUUUGUUUUCUCACAAACUUUGAACUGACUUUGGCUGUGUUUGCUAGGAGCCUUUUUUCCUGCAUCGAGUUGAUGCACGUGAACCCAAGUGUAAGAUAAACCGAGCGGUCAUGUGAUUCACAUGUUGUCAUGUGACCUCCCUCUGGCUACAUGUGUGAUUUGUAACCUGGCGUGUUUGUCUUUUCAGUUUGAAGCAUAAAUUUAUAAACUGUGUAAAUUAUAAACACUUCUGCUCAGUUUCAUGAGCAAUGACAGAGAGAACAGUUUCAAUAAAGAUUCAACCUUA